UACACUGUUUUGUAGACAACGUCAACUCUAUUAUAUUUAUUUCUUCACUUUCUGAAUACGAUCAAACAUUAAGGGAGGAUAAUUGCACUAAUAGAAUGCUUGAAUCACUUAAACUAUUCGAUUCAAUUUGUAAUAGUCCUUGGUUUUCAGAAAUUCACUUUAUUUUAUUCCUCAACAAAAAGGACAUUUUUGCCGAAAAAAUAGCCCAUUCCCCACUCAACGUUUGCUUUCCGGAAUACAAAGGCCUUCAAAACCAAACAGAAUGCACAAAUUAUAUUCAAUGGAAAUUUGAACAAGUAAAUAGAUCUAAUCAAAGGGAAAUUUAUUGCCACCACACUUGUGCAACCGAUACAAAUAAUGUUCAAUUUGUAUUAGAUGCUUGUCUAGACAUGAUAAUUGCAAAAGUGAGUCUUUAUUAA